AAACACUUUGGGCCUGUGCACUUGUUCUUUUCCUUUCUUAAUUUUGACUGAUCUCAUCUCAGCUACCUAAGAACCGGAAGACCAAAACCAAGUAAGAGAAACAGGGUGAAAAGAUAGCAGCUCCCUGGCCCGUGAUGUUAAUGAAAGAAAGUAAUUCAUAAGAAACCAGCAGGACUCUGGGAUGCCAGGGACCUCAAGCGAGACCUUUGCCUGUGGGAGGAAGUCGGAGAGCGAAACCCGCCGAGAACCAGGAGCUCGGAGGACCAGCCUGUUGCUCUCUUCUCCCCCUCCUCCUUCUGGACUGGAAGGAUCGCUCUCCCCGUCCGCCUCCGGAGGUCAGUGUAAUCAACCGGAAGGCCGAAUGGAGGAGGUGUUACCGGACCUGAGCCGGAGGAACCAGUACAGACCCUCUGUGUUACGACAGGGCCAAAUGCAGCCUUCUAAACACUAUAUCGAGAACGGUUCACACACUCAGCCAAUCCUAGUCCCGGAGUCAGAGAGCCAGGACCCAGGCCCCCACUGGGGUUCAUCUCCCCCCGCGGGAGCUCCGUCUCCGGGCCGUCUCGCCGGCGCCUCCUCCCCUCUCCUCCCUCUCCCCUCCGGGAGAGGAGGGAGUCUGCAUCGCUACUCCCAGCACGCCAUGCAUCCCGACCACUCCAGACUCCCCGCCACAGGGGGCGCCAGAGGUCUGUUUGUGAGCGGGCUGUGCCGCUGGCUUGGGUGUGGCAGGUCGUUUGAAGAUAUCUCCAGCCUUUUUAUCCACCUGCAGGGAGAACAUGGCCUCACUGAGCAGAGCCUGACCCAGUAUAGAAGCCAGCAGGACAUGGUGCACUACCUGGAGAGAAAGCUGACCUUGGAGAAACAAAGACUGCGGUUGAUGGAGCGCCACAUCUCAGACACCAGCCCGGCCCAAUCCGCGGCAUAUGAUUGGUCGUACAGUCUGGCUCUCUACCUGGCCCCGCCCCCGGUGACAGAUGGGUUGGCUGCGCCGCCCGGAGUGGUGAAGGAUGUGGUGGACUUCGCUCAGCAGGGCUGCUGGCCCAAUGGCCCAGCACACCUUCUGCCAGAUUAUGUCCCCAGCAUUGAGUGUUACAAGUAUAACAACAUCAGGCCCCCCUACACCUACGCUUACCUCAUCAGAUGGUCCAUCCUGGAGUCCCCGCUGAAGCAGCGCAGCCUGAAUGAGAUCUACACCUGGUUCUCCACCAUGUUCUUCUACUUCAGACACAACACGGCCACCUGGAAGAACGCCGUGCGCCAUAACCUGAGCCUGCACACGUGCUUCGUGCGCAUGGAGGGGGGGAAGGGGGCAGUGUGGACGGUGGACGAGAGGGAGUACCAGCGGAGGAAAGGACCCAAGUACCACAGGGACCAGCCCGGGAGGUUGAUGUCACCUUACUCACAUUUCCGACCUGGAGAAUCGUGAGGACGUUGUGUCCACUGGUCUGCAACGGUUAUUUUCCACCAGAAGAGGGCGAUUUUACGGCGAAUUAUAUUCAGACGAUGCGGUGGCAAAUUUGCGUUUCUAUUAACGACUAUGACUAUGAUGGGUUUAAUGAAGCUAGGGUCGAAUAUUUGGAGGAACCAGCCAGAGUAAGCUACCUUUGGAAAGUAUCCAACCGGAAAAAUUCCAUCCCUACCUUCUUCAGGUCUCCCUCCUACGCUACUGCCCCAAAAUACUUCAAACAAAUGACUAGCUCGCUAGCCUUAGCAUCUAUCUGCCUAGCCAAAUUUCGUCAAUUUCUUGUUAGAUACAUUUUUUAAUUCAUUGCCGUCGGGUUUUAGAGAAUGUCAACAAUAAUAAUAAAAAAAAGCUUCUUGAGUAAAUUGCCUAUCCUAACUUUAACCCUACAUCUUUACCCUGACAUGUAACCAUUGCAAAUCAAUGACCUAAUCGUAACCAUUUGUACUAAUUGUAUAAAAGGGGAAAAUAACCAAUAAAGUGUAUAUAGUGAGCUAUAUUCAGACUUGUUUGUCAGAAAAGUAAUAAAGCCUAUCCAAACACACCA